UUAGUAGCUUUUAGCAACUCUUGGAAAAAUGACGUGUGACGUCAGGUCUACGUUGUUUUUUUUAUUUGUGUUGAUUAGAAUAUGUUUGGCUCAAAAUUUUGAAGUUCCGGAACCGAAGAUAGAAAUCUUGAAACCUAAGGGUUUUAAAGUCACCUUAAAAGAUGACGGAUAUUCAUUUUUUGGAUUCCGAGGAAAUAUAAAUGAAGAAUUCCAUGAAGUUAAUGAAGGCCAGAUGAAAGCCGAUAUCGUAUCAAAACAAGGCGGCUAUUGGGUUUAUAAGAACAGGAGCAAAAAGCUAGAAGUUGGAGACACAAUAUUCUACUGGAUUUAUGUCAUUAAAGGCGGGAAGGGUUCCAUGAGUCCUUUCUUGGAAUAUACUGUAUCUGCCAGUGAAAAUGAAAUUGGCGUUGGAUCACCAUCAGUUAAUUCUUACACUGAUCCAAAUCAAACUACCACAACGCCUGAAAGCCCACUUUCCAAGAGAUUUGGCAAGUUAUGCGAGGUCUCCAAAACUGUGGUCCAAGGAGAAAACUCAGUAUGUGAAGGAAGUCUGAUUUUCAACGAGGACUUUGACACUACAGGUCUUAGAAGUUUGAGCAAAUGGAAUGCAGAGAUCAUGUUUCCAACGGAACCGGACUUUCCAUUCAACGCUUAUAUUCCGGACAACACCGUAAGUUUUGAGGACGGAUCACUGGUCAUCAAGCCCGUGCUUACCGAAACUCAGUAUGGAGAGGAUUUCCUUUACAACACUGUUAACCUGGGCGUUAGAUGUACAGGCAAGAUAGAUCGCAGUGAGUGCAGACAUGAAGCUUCAGGUGCUAAUGUAUUCCCUCCAGUGCUCACGGCCAAGAUCAGCACCCGACACCAUUUCAACUUCAAGUUUGGAAGGAUCGAAGUGCGAGCAAAGCUGCCAGCUGGCAGUUGGCUGGUACCUGAAAUCAAUUUGGAGCCAUCAGACCAUACUUACGGCCAAGAUCACUACGAGUCCGGUUUCAUGCGCGUGGCCUUCGCCCGGGGCAACCCAAGUCUGGCGAAGAAGCUGUAUGGAGGUCCAGUACUGUCAGACACUGAGCCCUUCAGGUCGGCUCUGCUUAAAGAGAAGAUUUCAAUCGAAAAUUGGAAUAAAGACUUCCAUAACUACACUUUGGUCUGGAGACCAGAUGGCAUUGACUUAAUGGUAGACGGAGAGCAGUAUGGUACAGUCAGCCCCGAAUUAGGGUUCUUUGAAGAUGCAAGGAAGCAUGGCGUCACACACAGUUCACACUGGGUGACAGGAACCAUCAUGGCGCCGCUUGAUAAAAUGUUUCAUGUGACCCUUGGUCUUCGAGUGGGCGGUAUCAACGACUUUGCCGAUGACGUCACUGACAAGCCGUGGGCGAACCGCGCCAGCAAGGCCAGGCUCAACUUCUGGAGGCAAAAAGACUCCUGGUAUCCAUCUUGGUAUAAUAGUGAUCUACAUGUGGACUACGUCAGAGUGUAUGCACUUUAGAAAUGGACGUUUACAUUAUUGAAAAUAAAUAAUAUAUAAGAGCA